AUGAAAUCCCACCACCGCCUUGACCAAAUCGCCGCGCGAAAGAGAUGCAGCAGGGCGUGCAAGAGGCGCAAAGAGCGAUGCGACGGACGGCAACCAUGCGGCCGAUGCACCGAGCGCCGCGUUCACAACGAAUGCCGUUAUGAGACGGAGCACGGCGGAAGAGCUUCCAAACUUCAUCCCGCCAGGCAAAGAGGGGGCUCAGCUUCAAGUUCGAGAGGCCGCGCCCCAGUCGACCCGCCGCCCGUCGCCAUCGACAUAGCAAACUCAUCUCCUGCGGCGCCGCCCCUAGAUCAGUCGCGCUUGAUCCUCGACAAGAAGGGGCGCUUCAUGUAUCUGGGCGACUCGGCGAACCCCUCCCUUUUGCAGUCGAUCCGGCGGCUGGUGGCCGAGACUCAGGGCAGAAGUCCCUUUGUAGACGAUCCGUUGCGACCGGCCAUGGUGGAGGCGUCGCCCGAGGGCCCUCCCGCCUGGCUCGAGGCCGGCUCUGACCCGAAAUCGCCGCCCGCCUUUACCGAGCAUGAGGCCAGACACUUUGCCAGGCAGUAUUACCUGUGCACAAAUGGCAUCCUCGACCUGUUCGACAAGUCUGUGCUCGUGGACCAGGUCCCCCAGGCCCUCGCGCAAGACGCCGUCGCUCUCCCGCUGGCAAAGCCGCUCGUCUAUCUCGCCCUCGCCAUCGGCGCCCAGUCGUCGCCAAAGGACUUGGGCGAGGUGGCCGAAUCGUGCUUCAACUAUGGUCGCUACCUGUCGGCCAAGUACCUCAUGGACGAUCCCAGCACGCUGACGGUCGAGGCCUACAUUCUCGUCACCAUGUACCUCUUGGCCUCGUCGCGUCGCAACGCCGCCUUCAUGCAUCUUGGCUUCGCCGUGCGGGCCGCGUACGCUCUUGGGCUGCACCUCAAGUCCGUGUCGAUGCGCUUCACGACGGAGGAAUUCAAGCACAGAGAGCGCGUCUGGAAGUCCCUUCGAAGCAUGGACAUCCUCUCGAGCGCCUUGCUCGGCCGGCCGCCCUCGACCAAGGAAACGCGCAACACCACGUCUCCCGAGGACUACUCGGCGUGCAACGAUUUGCUCUCCAUCAUGGAGGACGUCUUGACCGACGUCUACGAGCAGAGGCAGAUCGCGGCCGUGACUCUGAACCGCGUGGCGUCCCGCCAACGCGAAUGGGCCGCCAUCUUCACCCGCGGCCUGGCCGCGGACAACAUCGAGCUGGGAGACCAGAUGGAAGGGGGCAACGUUCCCAACAUGGGCCUGACGCACCUCAAGAUUGUCUUCCACUGGACAGUCAUGCUCCUAACCAGGCCCUUCUUGUCAGAGCGAGUCGCGUGGCACGCCCGACAGGCGGCGUCCGGCAUCCAGGGCGCCACCGCCUCGCCGUCGUGGACUCCCGCAGAGUCAUCGCGAGUGCUGGCACACGCGUGUGUGAAUUCCGCCAUUCGGACCCUCGCCCUUCUCGAGCCUCUAAUUGACGCCUGGGACACUCCCACGCGGCUUCCCUUUUGCGUGAGCUGCGUCGUCCACUCGGCCCUCGUCAUCGGCCUCGCCCACUUUGGCGACAUGCAUCAAAUCUUCCCGCUCGACAAGUUCAUGUACACGGCCCGCAGUCUGUUGCAGCGAUUCUCCAGCGACGCCAUCGCCUUUCGGAACUGCACCAUCAUUCAGCUGCUCCACGAGGCCUGCCAGGCCUACUCGGAGAAGCGACAUGCCGCCUCCAUGGACAUCGAGGGCCAGCUCAUCAGCAAUUUCUUUGGCCAGCUUCACUACACGCCUCGCGGGAACCAGCAAAUACCCAACACGUCACUGCAAGCCUACCAAGCAACAGGCGGCGCGGGCUCGGCCGGUGCCGACAACACAAGUCUGAUUGACAAGGCCUUUGCGUCCACGGAUUCAGCAGCAGCAGACACUGCGUGGGAUGGCAGCGUUUCGCCGGCCGCGGGCGAAGCUGCCGUCAAGACGACCACAUCCAGCGCAAUCCGGUCCGUGCAGCCACUGUCUCCGAGCUCCACAAACGCCACGAUGCCCAAGCAGGAUGACGACACAUGUGCCACAGCGGACAUGGAGUCGAUAAGUAUUUUGGACGGCAGCAACAUCCUGGGAGACUCGGAUAUUGUGAACCUGGAGUCUCAGGACGACUUGAUCUCCUUGUACGCCUUGAUCGACACGUCUGGAGGCUACUUGGGCCUGGAGUGA